AUAAAAAAAGGCUUAUAAACAGUAAAAAAGAUUCUUUCUCUUCAAAAAGCACUGAUUUUGCUCUGUCAUGAUUUGAAUUUUUUUUUCAAUAUUCCUUUUACUUUCCUUCAAAUCUCUCCAAUAUCCACCGCUACUUCCGCCACUUCGGCCACCGCCGCGAAUUUCCGAUUUAUAAUGUGUUUCGUAUUAAUUGUUACCUGUUACGAUUUGUGAAUAAUUGAGUUAGGGUUUUCGAUUUAUCUUGAUUUAUUUGUAAAGGAAAAGGGAAAAAGAAAAAGAAAAUAAAAGAUGGACAAGUACGAGCUGGUGAAAGACAUAGGAUCUGGGAACUUCGGCGUAGCGAGGUUGAUGCGUAACAAAGAAACCAAAGAACUCGUUGCCAUGAAGUAUAUCGACCGUGGACAAAAGAUUGAUGAGAAUGUGGCAAGAGAGAUUAUAAAUCAUAGAUCGCUACGUCAUCCGAAUAUAAUUCGGUUCAAAGAGGUGGUUUUGACUCCUACACAUCUUGCAAUUGUGAUGGAGUAUGCAGCUGGUGGUGAACUCUUUGAGCGAAUUUGCAACGCUGGACGAUUCAGCGAGGAUGAGGCUAGAUAUUUUUUUCAGCAGUUGAUCUCAGGAGUUAGCUACUGUCAUGCCAUGCAAAUAUGCCAUCGAGAUCUGAAGUUAGAGAAUACCCUGUUGGAUGGGAGCCCUGCUCCUCGUCUGAAAAUCUGUGAUUUUGGUUAUUCAAAGUCAUCUCUACUGCAUUCAAGACCCAAGUCAACUGUUGGAACUCCAGCAUAUAUUGCACCAGAAGUUCUUUCUCGGAGAGAAUAUGAUGGCAAGAUGGCAGAUGUAUGGUCUUGUGGAGUGACUCUUUACGUUAUGUUGGUUGGUGCAUACCCAUUUGAGGACCAAGAGGAUCCUAAGAACUUUAGGAAAACUAUUAGUAGGAUAAUGUCAAUUCAAUACAAAAUCCCAGACUAUGUUCACAUAUCCCAAGAUUGCAGACACCUCCUUUCUCGCAUAUUUGUUGCUAGCCCCUCCAGGAGGAUCAGCAUCAAAGAUAUCAAGAGCCAUCCGUGGUUUUUGAAGAACCUGCCCAGGGAACUGACAGAGGCAGCUCAAGCUGCUUACUACAGGAAAGAAAACCCGACGUUCUCCCUCCAAAGUGUUGAUGAAAUCAUGAAAAUAGUUGAAGAGGCCAAAGUUGCCCCUCGAGUAUCACGGUCUAUCGGAGGCUUUGGCUGGGGUGGAGAAGAAGAUGGGGAUGCAAAGGAAGAAGAUGCAGAAGAAGAAGUAGAAGAAGAAGACGAAGAAGAUGAGUACGAGAAAACGGUAAAAGAGGUACAUGCCAGUGGAGAAAUUCACGUCUCUUAAGGAAAAAAGAGAGUAAUAUAUGGUUUCCAAAUGAUGGAGUUUUGGUGUCUUUUAGUGCUUACAUAUGUUCUUAUAAAUAUGAUGUCAGUUUUUUGCUAUAGGACUUGGGUGUUGAAUAAACAACCUGUAAAGUAGUGUGUUUUGGACAAGAAGUUUGUGCAGUCUCUAAUAUGAUUUUGUAGGGUGUAUUGGUACUGAUUAGGUAGGUGGAAACUACAGGGAUUUGAAGCCUGCCUAGUUGGUAAGUUGGGUAAAUGUAGUGGUCUACACUUUUUAGAGUAAAAUGGAAGAUCUGUCAUCUGUGAGUCGUAUAAGUUUGAUUUCUUCCAUCAUAAAGUGGUAUGUUAUGUCUAGAGUUGCGACUCCAUAAAAUUUAAGAAAUUACCAAUAUAAUUUUUAAGUAACAUUUUCAUUA